AUGGCUCCCCUUGAGGCAGACUUCCCCGUAAUCCGCGCCUGCAUUUUCGACAUGGACGGGCUUCUCAUCAACACCGAAGACUUAAUCACUCUAUCCACGAACCAAUUACUUGAAAAGUAUGGAAGGCCUGCCUUCACUCGUUCGAUUCGAGCCCAGCUCAUGGGCGUCCCAGACUCGACCAACGGCGACGUGUUCCACAACUGGGCCAAGUUACCCAUCUCCCGCGAGCAAUUCGCCCGUGAAUCAUCUGAACAAAUGCGACUGCAUUUUCCGAAUUGCAAGCCGUUGCCUGGCGCGGAAAAGCUUUUGCUGAACCUCAGCCGCGCACGUAGUGCUUCUUCCGGGGACAGAAUUGAGCUGGCAUUGGCAUCUAGCACCAAGAGCCAUAGCUAUGAAUUGAAAACUUCAGGGCCGGAAACGAAACGACUUCUUAACUUCUUUCAAUCCAACAGGAGGGUCCUGGGUGAUGAUCCACGAGUGCGACAGGGUCGAGGGAAGCCAGCGCCUGACAUAUAUUUAGUCGCGUUGCAGUCCUUAAACUCGGCGGCAGGUUCUGGCAAAAAGGCCAUCCUGCCGAACGAAUGUUUGGUCUUCGAAGAUAGUGUGGCUGGGGUAGAGGCUGGAAGACGGGCUGGUAUGAGGGUUGUUUGGGUACCGCAUCCAGAUGUGGCGGUCGAGUAUCAAGCUAAGCAGAAGGAUGUGCUUGCUGGGAGGUCGGGAAUCACUGAGGUCGGAGAAGACUGGCAGCUAGGAGAGAUCGAUGACGGCUGGGCUGAAAUGAUACCGAAUCUGGAGCACUUCAAUUACAACAAGUACGGCAUCAUGGUGCCGUCCUAG